AUGGCUAUAUUUUUUGGUCUUAAUAUUAUCUUCGCCUGGAACCGUGUGCAGUAUUCAGGCGACUUCAACCAGUAUGGCUAUCUUACGAUCGCUAAUGGAGGUCUUGCGCUUCUAUUCGGUUCUCGCAACAAUCUCCUUUCACUUGUGGCCAGAGUUCCCUCGACAACUCUGCUCAUGUUCCAUCGCUGGGUGGGAAGAGCCGCCGUGUUCUAUGCCAGUCUUCACUUGUAUGGCGAAAGUCGUGACUGGAUCAGGGAAGGGGAAGUUUCCACUGUUUUCGCCAACACGCGUAUCCAAGUGGGUUUAAUGGCAUGGCUGUCCUUGGCACUUAUCUUCGUGACAUCGCUCAGCAUUAUGCGACGACAACAAUUUGAAGUCUUUUACUAUGCUCAUGCUCUGUUCAUUGCGUUCAUUAUCGGAGCUCUGAUUCAUGCAGAUCACGCACCGGAAUUUCUGCUCCCUGGGCUGUGCCUGUGGGCAUUGGACCGUGUGAUUCGAUUCUCACGCAAUUUCCGCCGAAUUCAAAUCCUCUCUGUCACUCCAUACGCCGGGGGCGUCAUGAAGAUCAAGAUCCGUGGGUUCAAAACGUCUUAUCCUGGUCAAAUAGCCUGGAUCCAGAUUUCGGAAGUGUCGUUCCUUAAUUGGCACCCAUUUACAGUUGCCUCUGCUCCUGGCGAUGAUGAGGCAAUGUUUCUCAUUAGGGGGCUUGGAGGUUACACCAGACGGGUCCACGACCUGGCGAAGAAAAACAAUUUUGAACAAGCUUCAAUCGCUGAGGCUCCCUUUCCAUGGAAGAUCCGUGUUGAUGGCCCUUACGGGGUCUCUCACACGCAGUGGGAGGCCUAUCCUGUCAUAGUUCUCGUGGCUGGCGGAGUUGGUAUCACACCAGGAAUUAGCAUUGCUUCCCAUAUCCUCCGACACGCGACUGGAACAGGCGAAAACAUUGAAGGGGGGCAGCCCUGGCAUGUGCAUCUUUUGUGGGUCAUCAAGGACGAACAGCAUGUGAAUUGGUGCCAGGAGGAAUUACAACAUUUGUUUGCAAUGUCUGCGUCCCCCACUGUUCAAGCCACUUUUGAUUUGACGAUUGCAAUCACUGGAAGCGCAAGGUUGGAACCACGUGGAGCAAACGACGAGGAAUUUAUUGCUCUUGAGGGUCAAACUAGCCACAAUUACGACGGUCCUGGAGAACUGAUCAGAGGCCGGCCUAAUAUUGUUCAGUGGUUCAGGGCUCUCAGGUCGAAACGAGAUGGGCUUGAUGGAGCAGUCAAUGUUUGUGGGCCUAGGUCACUGAUCAGCAUGGUUCGAACAGCAGCUGCAGAGUUAAGUGGACGAGGAGGCAUUUUCCAUUUGGAAGAAGAGGUGUUUGAGUUCUAA